AUGAAUGAAGAAGUUUAUGUAGGAAUUGAUCUUGGUACAACAUUUUGCUCAGUAGCAGUGUAUAGACCAAGCACACAGGAAACAGAAGUCCUUGAAAUUGAAGGAAGUAAAACGAUUCCUUCUCAAGUUUAUUAUGGUACUCCAACUUAUUUUGGUCAAAAAGCCAAAGAUCAAUUGCAAAUAACACCAACCUUAGUCGCUUAUGAUUCUAAGAGAAUGAUUGGACGAACUUAUGAUGAAGUUAAAGCUCAAAAUAUGACUUGGCCUUUCCGCAUUGAAGGUACAUCCGAUAAUGAAGUCGAUAUCAUACUAGAAAAUAAAGGUAAAACCCAGGUAGUCAGCCCAGUUCAAGUUUCCGCCGAAAUUCUAAAAUAUCUUAAAACACACGCAGAAAAAAUUAUUGGCAAAUUUGAUGGCGCCGUUAUUACAAUUCCACAAGCAUUUUCUGAUGCUCAAAGGAAAGCUACAAAGAAUGCCGCAAUUAUUGCCGGAUUUGAUCCGAAUAAAAUUCAUUUUCUACCAGAACCAACAUCAGCUGCCAUUAAAUUUGCCCAUAAAGCCUCUGCUGAUCAUCGCCACCACAUUCUUAUCUAUGAUUUUGGUGGUGGCACAUUUGAUAUCUCUCGUGCCACGAUAAAUAACAGGAAGAUUAAAAUAAACUCAACAGGAGGCGAUUCCAAACUCGGUGGGCAAGACAUUGAUGCAGCAAUUGUUGACUACUUGGCCCCAGAAAUUGAGAAGCAAGUAGGAAUUAAAAUUAAGGAGAAAGGACAAGAAAGAAUGUAUAAUCUUGUCAAAGCUGAAGCCGAAGAAGUCAAGAAAAAGUUCUCCACAAGCAUUAAAACUGUUUCUAUAACCAUCAAAUUCGAUGAUAACAAAAUAUUCGAAUAUAAAAUACGUGAAGCCAAAUUCAAAUCAAUCAUUGAACCAAUUAUUGACAGAACAAUUGCAUUAACUAAUGAACAGGCUGAACAAACAUCCGAUGAACAACAAAUCAUUCUUGUUGGUGGAUCAUCAAUGAUACCAUUAAUUACUGAAAGAAUAGAAGAACUCGGACUCAGUGUUAUUGCAGAUAUCUCACGAUUGACAGCUGUUGCAGAAGGAGCCGCUUAUUAUCAUUACAUCAAUAAGAAUCAUAAGAAGAAAGUAGUUAAAAAGCCACCUAAUUCUAAUAGACUUCCUAUUGUUACACCACUUAAUUUCUCACAGCCAUUAAUUACUCCAAGGGAAAUUGAAGAAAUUGAAGAAAGGAAACCUGUUGAAAGAGUUAUUUCUCAACCUAUUUUAGCAGAUGAUAUGGAAAUUAUUGAAAUUCUCAGUUCAUCAAUAGGAAUUGCUGAUGGCAAUGAUAAUAUCAUUAAAAUCCUUAAAAAAGGUGAGAAAUUACCAUGUUCUGGAACACAGAAAUUCAAGAAUUUCUGCAAUGGAGAUGCAAUUGGUAUCAAUAUUUAUGAAGGCGAAGAUUCAAAAGCAGAAAAGUGCAAAAAAAUUUGCUAUGCCGAUUUCGACAUCCCUCCUAAUUCUCCAAAAGGAUCUAUUACAUUUGAAUUCACAAUUUCUGUAGAUAAUAAUAAUUUGAUUGAAUGUCAUUAUAAAAGAACAGAUGAAAGUGGUGAUUCAGAAUAUUUCUUAAUCGAUAAGGAUCGCAGCGCAGAUCGUUAUGCUGUUGAAAUAGCUAAAAGAAAAAUAAGAGAAAAAGAGGAAAGAGAGAGAAUUAUUUUUGAUUUCGAAAAAUUAGUUGAGACGGUUUUAAAUACCACUCAAAAGCUCAAGAAGAAAUUCCAGACAAAUAAAAAAUCUGCAGAAUGGAAAGCUGCUGAGGAAUUGGACAUAUGGAUUGAAGAUCACGAAACUGAUCGUAAUACAGAUCCUGCAGAAUAUAAGGGGUUAUUUGAUGAACUUCAGGAUUUGUUUGAUGAGUUUAUGACCAAAUACAAAAAUCAUUUACAGUAA